AUGAACAGGGUUAAAGUUCUGCAGGCCUGGCUGUGGUGUGUGUCUCUGUGGCUGUGCUGGCCUUCUCAUGCCGUUCCUCUGGACUGCAAAGACGAGACCGGAUCGCUCAUCCAAUGCACUUCGAUCUCUCAAGAGAAACUUCUAGAUCGCGUCAUCCAACACGCAGAGCUCAUCUACCGCGUCUCUGAAGAGUCCUGCACUCUUUUUGAGCAGAUGUUUGUCCCGUACCCUCUGCAUGCUUUGAGGAAUCAGGGAGGAACCAUGUGCCACACCAAACCCUUCCCCAUCCCAGGCUCCAAGAGUGAGAUUCAGCAGAUUUCGGAUAAAUGGCUGCUUCACUCGGUCCUGAUGCUGGUGCAGUCAUGGAUGGAACCCCUGACCUAUCUGCAAACUACUCUUAAUCGUUACGACGACGCCCCUGACGCUCUGCUGAACAAGACCAAGUGGGUGUCUGAUAAACUGCUCAGCCUCGAGCAGGGGGUGGUGGUCCUCAUCCGCAAGAUGCUGGAUGAAGGGAUUCUGACGCCGUCCAUCUUCGAGCACACGCUGACCCCAUACGACGAACCGUCCCCAGAGAUCCCGGAGUCCGUGCUCAGGGACUACAACCUUCUCAUCUGCUUCAAGAAGGACGCCCACAAGAUGGAGACCUUCCUCAAGCUACUCAAGUGCCGUCAGAGCAACAAGCUCAGCUGUCUUUCCUACUAA